GCAAAGAUGCCAGUCAAUUGACUUGACUGUUGCUCAGCCGCCGAGCAACAAGCCCGGUAGUCAACCGUUGGGUCAUCCAUCAACCAAGAGAUCAUAUGGUCCACCAAGUCAGCUUAUAUCGGGAGCCGAUCUAGAUACUAAACAUGUUUUGUACAUUCGGGAUUUGAGUGUUGAUAUUGUACAUCACCAGGUUUUCGAACUCUUCAGUUCGUUUGGCAAUUUGAAGCGCGUCUAUGUACUCCAACGUUCCGAGAGGUACAAGUAUGCUAUGAUGUUUUACCUAACCGAGAAGUCCUUGACCCGGGUCCUGACUGCCAAUCCACACAAACUGAAUGGCAAGGCAUACUUUUGCCACAAGGCUGGCCCAUGGCACCUCGGGCACUUCAAGUGCGACAGGCUGUUAUCUGAAUGCAUCAAUAGAACCAGCUUUAGAGAUCGAUUUCUGAUGCGAUUACCAUAUGGCGUGAAUAUUCGCACAUAUCUAUACGAAUCACAUGUCAGCUCGAAUCAGGCGAACAGCAUUGCUGAUCCAGAUUUGCUAAAAAAAUCCGCCUUGCUGCCGCCAACAUCGUUGGCCCUGUUGCAUUAUCUACGCAAGAAACAGUCCAUACCAAAAGCCACCAGCAAAAACGAAACAGCCGCCACCGAAUACCUAUGA